AUGAUUUUCGCGCUCACGCUCACAUUGCGUCAAUACCUCAGAUGGAGAGUCACUAGACAAGAGCACAGUGAGAAACAAUACAUAGAAGGUAGCAAAACCAUAACUGAUCUAUACGCAGAUUACAAAAAAAAUCCAUUCGUAACAUGUAUAGAAGUAUAUUCAAUUAUGAAUUUAACCUGGCAUUCUUCGUUCCUAAAAACGAUCUUUGCAAUCCAGGUUUGUUGUUUUGACUUGCAAGCUGUACAGCCAUGUCCCCAAGGAGAUGUUUCUGUUUUUUAUUAUAAAUCAAAGCUGUCGACUAACAACUUCACUAUGUGUGACCUAAAAAAACGGGACAGGGACAAGUGGUGUGCUUCAUGUGGCAUGAGGGCCAAGGAAGAUGCAGGCUACACAACAUUCCUAAAUCUUUUAACGAUCAGGCUGUUUUGCCAAAGAGGGAAACUUAUUACAAAACUAGCCUUAGAACAGCCUGCAAAAGAAUGGAAGGUACUUGAGACUGUGAAAGAUUCAACUGUUGUAGAGUGUGCAACCAAGAGUGUCGAUAAUGCUUCACAAUGUAUAAUUGACGGUGAAGCUACUUUCAUUGAUAAAAAUAAUAUUGCUUGUGAAAUUGGCCUUAAUAUGGUUGAUGAUAUUCCUGGAAGUGAUCAUGCUUCUCCCAGUUUCUAUGAAUUACAGCCCAUGGGCAAAACCACCAAUGUAAUUGGUAACGCUACCGAUGAAGUUGAUAGGAAUGUCAUCACGUGGUAA